CCUUUCCCCCCCUCCAUCCCGCCGGGCGGACGCGGCGGCGCUUCGUCGUCCUCCCCCUCCCUUCCCUCCCCUCCUUUUUUUUUUUUUUCUUUUCCUUCCCCCUUUCCCCUUUUUUUCCCCCCCUUUUUUAUUUUGUCCAGCCUUCGCGGCGGUGGGCCGGCCGCCUCCCCCCUCCCCCGCCUUAUGGCGGCGGCCUCCUCGGGCUCGGCCCCCUCGGCCUCACCAUGGGAUUAGGUGGCUGAGCCGGACGCCGACGCCCCGCCCGCGCCAGGACUCCCCCCCCCUACACCGUCUUCUCCUCCACGACACGACGACACGACGACACGACCGCCGACAGGCCGGGACACGAUGAGGAGGAGGCCGUAACGGGCCCCCGCCGCCAUCGCCACCGCCACAGGAGGAGGAAGGUAGCUGUAUUGAGUUGGGUGGCAGGCAGAUUCCAAGGGUACCAUGAAGUUUUCCGGCCCCUUGGAGAACCAGAGGUUGUCAUUUCUCCUAGAGAUGGCAAUCUCUAGGGAAGCCCAGAUGUGGAAGGUGAAUGUGCCCAAAACACCCACCAAUCAGGAGGUUUCUCCAGUCCAAAGGGAUGAGGUGAUUCAGUGGCUGGCCAAACUCAAGUACCAGUUCAAUCUAUACCCAGAAACCUUUGCUCUGGCCAGUAGUCUCCUGGACAGAUUUUUAGCUACAGUAAAGGCACGUCCAAAAUACUUGAACUGUAUUGCAAUCAGCUGUUUCUUCCUUGCUGCCAAGACAGUUGAGGAGGAUGAGAGGAUUCCAGUACUGAAAGUGUUGGCCAGAGACAGUUUUUGUGGUUGUUCUUCAUCUGAAAUUCUGAGAAUGGAGCGAAUUAUUCUGGAUAAAUUGAACUGGGACCUUCACACGGCUACGCCAUUGGAUUUCCUUCAUAUUUUCCAUGCAAUCGCAGUAUCAACCAGGCCUCAGUUGCUGUUCACCCUGCCCAAGCCGAGCCCAUCUCAACACAUGGCAGUCCUCACCAAGCAACUACUCCAGUGUAUGACGUACCACCAGCUCCUGCAGUUCAAGGGGUCCAUGCUCGCCCUGGCAAUUAUCAGUUUGGAAAUGGAGAAACUUAUCCCUGAUUGGCUAGCUCUUACAAUCGAGCUGCUCCAGAAGGCACAGAUGGACAGCUCGCAGUUGAUCCACUGCCGGGAGCUCGUGGCCCAUCACCUUUUCGCCCUGCAGUCUUCCCUGCCUCUCAACUCGGUGUAUGUCUACCGCCCCCUCAAGCAGACCCUGGUGACCUGUGACCAAGGAGUGUUCCGAUCCCACCCCUCCUCGGUCACAGGACCAGAUUUCUCCAAGGACAACAGCAGACCAGAAGUGCCGCCCAGAGGUGCAGCGGCGGGGCCUUACCAGCGGCUCGCCAAGCACGCCUCCGCGAAACGCAAAGUGGAAGAGAUGGAAGUGGACGACUUCUACGACGGCAUCAAGCGGCUCUACAACGAGGAGAGCGCGCAGGAAGUCCUGGCUCUGGAAAACGUGGGCUCCGGGUGUGGCGGCGACGUAGCCAGGCAGGAGGGCCGGGCCUCCCCUUGUCCACCUCUGCAGCCCGUUUCUGUCAUGUAGCUCCGGCGAGUUCCCCUGAGCGCAGCCACCGAGAGCUACUGCAAAAGCUGGCCAAGGUGCGGAAGGGCACAUACCUUGUCAGGCUGAACUGAAGGGAGCCAGAAAAACCUGAAGUCUUUUUGUGCGGCUAAUUAUAAAUCAACCGUUAUUUAAGCACUUAAAACCCAUUUAAAAAAAAAUCAUAAAAAGUUAUAAAAGACCCAAAAAGAAAAAGAAAAAAGUAGCCUCCCUUUUCUUUUUUUUUCUCUUUUCCUCUAGUAUCUUCCCUUCCACCGUUUUCUUCUCUAAUGUAAACUGGUCUCUGUGUCAGUUCACAUAUACUGUUAGCUAGUAAGCCAGUCCCAGCCUCUUUCUCCUGCUCGCUCUUCCUUUAACUCUUAACCAGCCCCAUGCAUGCUUCCCCCACUCUGACCUUCGGUAAGGAGAUUUGAAACCCCACAAAAUAGUUCAUCUGAAGUGAGACUAGCGUUGACAGCAGGCUUUCAGAUUGCAUUGAAUCUGAAAAAGGCCCUUGUCAACUGCCCAGUGAGAGGUGGAUGUGCAGUACACAGGCGGUAGAAGGCGUUCAACCCAGUGAACCUCCAGCUGAUGUUUUUGGGUCCGUGUGGAAAGCAUAAGAAUCCACUUAGGAUCUGUGAACUCUGAAACUAAAUUAGUGUUUUGAUUUUCGUGAUCAAGGUGAAACAUGAUCAGGUGUUUGAGGCACUGUCAGUUUUGAUUUCUUCAAGUACUUUUGGUGUUUAUAUGAAAAUCUGGCAGUUAACUACUUGGGGAUGCACAACGUGCUUCAGAAAAUUCAGGGUUUUUUUGCAACUAAUCAUGAUUUUCACAUGUAUUACAGUCGGGAUGAGCCACUGCUCAUUUAGCUGUCGGGGCAGCUCAUUUUGCGUCUUGCAUAUGUGCAAUUGUCAGUCACAGAAACCCCAAAUUGUGCUUUAUCCAGGCAAACCCUGAAAACUUGUCCUUUUUCUUCUUUUCUCCCCCCUCACCCCCCAAAUGUCUGCCAUUUCUUCUCAAGACCUCUCUGGAAACCUGAGCUCUCUCCACAGUCUGAGGAAGGUAUUGCAUCGAGCCACUGUACUAAUGGAAGCCUUCUGGUAGCAAUAAAAAAAGUUGUCCUUGA